AUGACUACAGUGUCGGCGAAUGUGGACCGGCCCCACACAGAAAUCAAUGGCUAUGGCGCCGCUUUCCUUGGCAAGCGCUGCCUGAACACCUCCGACUGCGCCUCCAAGUUCAUCGAAGGCCUGACGUGUAACGCGGACGACGACGGGGAGCCCGGGAACUGCACCUGCCCUGACUACACGCCUCUGUUCUUGGAGGAAGGCGGCAUCUACAAGUGCAGCCGGGCCGGCGCUCUGGGCAGCAGCUGCGAGCGCGUGGAGCAGUGCCGCUACAACAACGUGUACCUGCUCUGCCUCAUGGGGAAGUGCAUCUGCCCCAGUCCUAUGAGGGUCAAGCAGGGAUUCAAGUGCAUGCCAGAGACCAAGCUCGGGGGCAACUGCUCCACUGUCGAUAGCUGCUUCACGCGCAGCAGCGUCUGCGUGAGCGGCACCUGCAAAUGCCGGAUCCACUACGCCCAGAAGGGCACCGCUUGCGUUUACGUGGGUGACACGUACUGGAAGAUCGUCGUGGCUUACAUACUGCCGUGCAUCGUGGCCUUCCUCAUGUCCUCCAUCGUACUGCUCGCAUUCUGCAGCGUCGUAACGCAGCGUUACAAAGACGUUCUGUGGGGCCACAGGACACCGGCGGACGAGCCGCGAAUCGCGUCCGACUCUCUGGCAGCUGAUCCUAGCAACGACCCCAGCAGCGGAGCUUACUCUGCCGCCUUGUCGAACGAGACGAGGCGCAUCGGAUCUGGCAGCAAGGUGGCCAGCACUGAGAGCUUGGACAACAUGACCAGGACUGGCACUCCAUUUAGGCAGGAGGUACAGAGCCCCUGAUUGAAGCUUCUUCGUGCCGACGCCUAUUAUAUCUGGCUGACUGGGAAUCUGAGUACUUCGACCCAACGGGACAAUGACUCAGUGAGAAGUUGCAAGAGCGCAAAAGUGAUAUCGAAAAAUUACUCGGUGGAUGCCCUGCUUUUCAUUGCAUCGAGAACGGGUGGAAGUCUGCGUUUCGUAGGUGCAAUUUUUGUCGUGGGGCAAUACAGCAGAAAAAAUACGAUAUAAGCAACAUAUGGAGAAAAUUUAGUAGUGAAAUAUUCGAGCACACUAUCUCUGUCGCUCUCUAUUUAAAAAACUGACAUUAAUGAUAGGUCAUGUGCGCUGCUCCGUCGUCCACAUGAUGCCAUGCUCUGUUCGCCAUGCACGACAUAACCCAUAUUAAAAGUUUGUAUAUGUUCUCGAAAUAAA